GUGAUGGAGGGAACUGAGCUCUGCUUUCCACAGCUGGCCAACGCCUUCUGCACGAGGCCGAAGCGUCCUCACGUUGAGGCGAUGCUGGUCUACAUCCUGCUGUCCUCCAUCUGUCUGCUCACUGUCAUCCUCAACCUGCUUGUUGUCAUCUCCAUCUCACACUUCAGGCAGCUCCACACUCCCACCAACCUCCUCCUCCUUUCUCUGGCAGUGUCAGAUUUCUUCGUGGGCUUCCUCAUGUUCUUUCAGAUGGUGCUCAUAGACGGCUGCUGGUUCCUCGGCGACAUCAUGUGCACAAUCUAUCAGUAUCUGGCGUACAUCAUCACCUCGGCCUCCAUCGGGACCAUGGUGAUCAUAUCCAUUGACCGCUACGUGGCGAUUUGUUAUCCCUUACAUUACUCCACCAAAAUCACUCAUCGUAAGGUUCAGAUCUCAAUUUACCUUUGCUGGAUCUGCUCUGUGAUUUUUCAGACUCUCAAUCUGACUGACGCUCUGGAACAACCGGGCAGGUACAACUCCUGCGUCGGAGAGUGCGUCUUUUACAUCAACCACAUUGCUGCCAUCGCAGAUCUCAUUUUCUCCUUCAUCGUUCCCAUUGCUGUGAUCAUAGUCCUGUACAUGAGAGUGUUUGUGGUGGCUGUGUCUCAGGCCCGCUCGGUCAGAUCUCAGCUGGCGCCGGCCUAUCGCCACCAAUCAGUAAGAGCUGCAGCCAAGAAAUCAGAGCUGAAAGCAGCCAGGACUGUGGGCGUGGUUAUCGCUGUGUUUCUACUGUGUAUGAGUCCUUUUUAUUUUGUCAACAUCACAGGCACAGACAGCUUCCUGAAUGCAACGUCCGCGACCUUCGUCAUCUGCUUGUUCUACUUCAACUCCUGCCUGAACCCCAUCAUCUACGCCUUCUUCUACCCCUGGUUCAGAAAAUCCAUCAAACUCAUUUUAACUCUCCAGAUUCUGAAGGCCGGCUCGUCUGACGCAAACAUGCUGUAG